ACCACAAUUGCAUGUUAAAAUUUUCUCUUAUGCAAUUUUUUGAAAUAUCGGUCCAAAAACCUCGUAAUUUUCAAAUAUUGGUAGUAAAUCGACCUGCUAUAUUUAAAGUAUGUCCGGUAAACGUAAAAAAGAAGUCGGAAUUAAGCAAGAAAACAUUCUCGAGGCGGUGGUUCUUGCAGACAGCUUCAAUAAACGAUUUUACCCAGUUACUGAAAACAGACCGAGGUGUCUGUUUCCAGUUGCCAACCAACCUCUCAUCUCAUACACGCUUGAGUUUCUAUCCAUAUGUGGUGUGAAGCAUAUCUAUGUGUAUGCGUGCCACUGCUUGGACCAAGUUAAGCAAUACAUUCUGCAGAGCAAAUGGGCAAACACGUCUUCUCCAUGUAAAGUUACAAUAGUAAGCUCCCAGGAUCUCACAUCUGUUGGUGACGUUUUAAGAGAUGUAGACCAAAAGAAUUUAUUCGAAACAGACUUUUUAAUUGUUCCAGGGGACAUUGUUUCUAAUUUAAAACUUUCUGUAGCACUUGAAGAGCAUAGAAAUCGACGUGAAAAAGAUAAAAAUUCUCCUCUAAUGACAUUGGUGCUCCGAUCUUCCUCACCUGCUCAUCGCUCCCGUACUCCGGAAGACAACAUUGCCGUAGCAUUAGACCUUUCCUCCAACAGAGUUCUCCAUUAUCAUCGUUUUAACAAAGCAGCUUCUAAAGUUAAUUUUCCUUUGAACAUACUACAAGACCCAAAGAGCAGAGUGGAAUUAAGAUACGAUCUUACUGAUACAGGAAUAUGGGUUUGUUCCCCACAAGUGCCCCAGUUGUUUACCGACAACUUUGAUUAUCAAACCCAGUAUGACCUUAUCAAGGGUGUGCUAAUUAAUGAAGAGUUCCUAGGCAACCAAAUUCACGCUCACGUUGCAAAUUCACGAUACUGUUCAAGGGUUUACAACUUCCAUUCAUAUGAUGUUGUGAGUCAUGAUAUAUUAUCACGGUGGACUCAUCCAUUUGUUCCUGAAAUCACCAUAGAUGAACCAAUUGAAAACUGCAAAUCGGAAACUAAUUGUUUUCUGGAGAAUUACAGUCUCUUACGGCAUAACUUAUAUCUCCACAACACGUGUACUCUUGGGAAAAACAGCCAAGUAUUGGACUGCUCACUUAUUGGGCGUGGAACAAAAAUUGGAAAUCGUUGUAAAAUUACAAACUCGGUAAUUGGAAAUGGCUGCACUAUAGAAGAUGACUGUGUUAUUGAUGGUUCCUACAUUUGGGAUGGUGUUAAAAUUGGUUGCCAAUCCACUAUCACUAAAUCUUUCAUCUGCGACUCAGUUCAAGUGUAUAGUGGUGUUAUGGUCAACCAAGGAUGUGUUUUAUGCGAUAGUGUACAUGUCGGGCCUAAAAUUGACCUUGAAUCUGGCACUGUAGUUCAUCUAUCUUCCACCACUGAUGAUUUUGAUGAUGGUGAACCAGAGGAAGUAAAACCAUAUGACAUUGCUCAGCUUGGGGACCAAGGGAAAGGGUAUGUGUGGGAAAAAGAUAAUGGAAGUGAGACAGGAAGUGAUGCGUCUUUGGUGCUUCAAAUGUGGGGUUUAUCGCUCCAAGAGCACAACAAGAAGCUGCAGGAUCAUCUUUUGGAUGUAGAUGGAUCAGAGAGCGAAACAUCUUCCAUGGACUCUGCAGAUGAGGAUGAACAAGAUCCAAUUAUGGAUGACGACUUAACCACUUUCCAAAGGGAAGUAAAAGAAAGUUUGUGUGGCGGCAUAGAAGAAAAUAUUCAAUCCGAUAAUUUAGUUUUGGAGAUCAAUUCUUCAAAGUAUGCAUACAACAUGUCAGUGAAAGAUGUAGUUCAAACAGUCACCAAGUCCCUGCUGGAAAUUGCUACUGAGAAAACUGCAAACGACCCAACGCAGUAUUUCACCAACUUAAAAAUGAUUUUAACACAUUAUGUACCACUUCUGUUAAACUACAACAAGAACGGUUCAUCUCAGUUAGAUUGCAUAUAUUCUCUAGAAGGCUUUGCAUUAAAUAGUGAAGCUACCAUGAACUGCCUUGUAAAGGUUUUGAUGUUUUUGUAUGAAAACGAUGUUUUAUCUGAAGAAGUUAUUCUUCACUGGAAUUCAAAUCCAAGGGAUAAUUCUGGCACAUUCUCUCCAGCAAAUGUUAGAGAAAAGGUCAAGAAAUUCAUUGAAUGGCUUGAGGAGGCAGAAGAGGAAGACUCAGAAGAAGACUAAGAUUUUAUGUGUGUUGUUGGUGUGAUUUCCAGUUUGUCAGGUUUCACAGGUGUUGCUGCACUCAAUUGUCGCUGAUCAAGAGAAAAAUAUAUGUUACAAAAAAUAUAAAAAGUGGUUCA